AUGUCUUGUCGGCAUUAUCAUUCGUCAUCGGAUUAUGAUUCAUUACAUCAUGACCGACAUUACCGAGAUCGUUUUCUACGCUUACCAGAAGAUAAACCUGAAGGGUUAAACAGCAAGGAAGAAAAAAAUUGGGAUAAAGCAACAGAAAAAGCAUGGAAAAAUUACAAAUUAUCUACAGAGUUAGUCCAAUUUAAAUUACCAUCAACAUCAUACAUCAUUCACUAUAUUAAUACUCAAACAUCAAAAUCUUAUCUGUGGGAAAUGAUUCAUUAUGUUCGGGACACACAACAGUUUACAAUUGACGACGAAAAGUAAGAACAAAGAAAAAGAAAAACGAAUAUAGAUAUUUACUAAUCAUGCAGUGAGAUGAUGAUAAUACAGAGAAAAAACCGAAACAUGAUAUGUGAUCUGUGUGAUAUAUGUAUCGAGAUACCUGACUGUAACAAUCUUCCCCUUUAUAAAAAUGUGUGUGUUCAUACGUGACAAUAUCAGUUUAAAAAAGUAAUGGAACAAAAGUACUAUACAAAAAACCGAAUUAGUGCUUAAAGAUGUCAUGGAGAAUUUCCCUUUCCGGGAAAAAUCCGACUUUUGGCCCGCCAAUAAUUUCUAGGUCUCUUUUUCGCACUUCCCCACGGGAAAAUGUUUCACACGUAGUCGAUGUGCAGGUU